AUGGCGGAAGGCGAAGACUACGAGUCUGUCUUGUGCGUCAAGCCGGAGGUCCACGUCUACCGCGUGCCCCCGCGCGCCUCCAACCGCGGCUACCGAGCCGCGGAGUGGCAGCUGGACCAGCCGGCCUGGAGCGGCCGAAUGCGCAUCACAGCCCGGGGCAGCGUGGCCUUCAUUAAGCUGGAGGACAAGAACUCGGGAGAGCUUUUCGCCCAGGCCGCGGUGGACCAGUUUCCGGGCAUUGCCGUGGAGGGCGUGACGGACUCCAGCCGGUACUUCGUGCUCCGGAUCGAAGAUGGGAAUGGGCGCCGUGCAUUCAUCGGGAUUGGCUUUGUUGACCGAGGUGAUGCUUUUGACUUCAAUGUGGCCCUGCAGGAUCAUUUCAAAUGGGUCAAGCAACAGGUCGAGUUAGCCAAAGAAGCCCAAAACCCAACCCAGGUGCCCAAACUUGACCUGGGCUUCAAGGAAGGACAGACCAUCAAACUCAGCAUUGCGAACAUGAAAAAAAAGGACGGCGCCCCGGGAAGUAGGCCACACACUGGUGACUUCACAGGACUCCCCCUUCUUCCUCCCCCUCCAGGGGGAAAGACUCCUCUCUUCUCCACGCUUGGAGAUCAGCUUCCCAUG